UUGCUCAAUAGCGGUUUCCCAAUUUCCUUGCUAUAUUAAAGCAAGUUUACUGUUUAGGAAGUAGUUUACUUCAGCCGUAACACUCGGUCCACUAAACCCCCUUAAAACAUCUGAAAUUGCGCUUAAAGUGGGCCCACCCUGUAUAUAGUUCAAAGGAAGUUUAGACCGUACAGUGUAAGAAUCUGUAAACUCAUCCAACAUUCAGGCGUCUAGUUUUUCGUUGGGUGUGGGAAUAUUUAACAAAAGCAAAGUCCUCCAGCCUUAUGGUGGUUAUCGCAAACAUGUUGAUUAAGGUGUGAUAACCUCCAUUCGAAAGGUUUCACCUCAUCGAGGCAAAUUCUUUCUUAUCGCCACCAUCAACAGCUUGACCAGCUUCCCGCAUCAGCAUAGUCCAUUUCUAAUCUGGCUCGUGGACUGAAAGUAGAGCCUCCGUGCCCAAUUAAGUCGUUUUAUUGGUGACAAUUGAAUAGACGAUACGCAAAAUUAUUAAAAAAUUUCAUCAUCAGCUCCGCGCUUCAGUUUUCAGUAAUUAAUACAUGUAGUGGAGCGAAGAGUUCGUUCAGUGCCUGCAGUUAGUAUGACUAUUUUUUCCAGUGGCACUUUGAAGUGUACCAAGAGGAACAAUAACAGUUUUCAGUAUUUGGCUGCAGUUGCAGCAAAUCUCGGGAUAAUAUGCAGCGAAAUGCACUACGGAUGGCCGUCGCCGUCGCUUCCCAUUCUGAUGAGCGGCAACUACACGUUCACUGUGACCAGCGAUGAAGGGUCCUGGUUGGUGGUGGCGCCCCUAUUUGGAGCCAUCGUGGGCGCCCUCAUCACUGGCAUGAUUGUCGACAUUCUAGGCAGAAAACGGUUGAUCAUCUUCUCAGCAGUGCCCUUCAUCGCCUCCUGGUUCUUCAUCGCUUGGGCCUCCUCCGGUCCCUUGAUGUUCGUGGCCCGAUUCAUGGCCGGCAUGACGGAUGGGCUUUCGUUCACGGCCGUGCCGAUGUAUUUGGGUGAAAUCGCCGAGGCGAAAAUCCGCGGCUUGAUCGCCUCCAUCUGUCCAGUCUCCAUUAGCUUGGGCAUUCUGCUGAUUAACGUGCUGGGCUCGUAUCUGCCCAUCGAUACCACGGCCUACGUGGCCACAGUGGUGCCGCUCCUGUUGCUCCUCACGUUCGUCUGGAUGCCCGAAAGCCCCUAUUUCUACCUGAUGAAGGGCAAUGUGGAGGAGGCGAGAAACAGCCUGCAGAGAUUCCGGGGCACGGAGGACGUGGCUGUUGAGCUGGAACGGAUCUCCGAAGCGGUGGCCCAACAGAACAAGAACAGGGGGCGGUGGCUGGAUCUGCUCACCGUCCCAACCAAUCGCAAGGCAGUGGUGAUUGCCUUUGGCCUGCGAACCGUUCAGCAGCUGAGCGGCACCACCGCCAUAGUGUUCUACUGCAAGAAGAUCUUUGAGGAGUCCUCGGAUUUCAUGUCGCCCAGUUUGGCCACGAUCAUCUACUUUGGGGUGCAGCUGGCGCUGUCGGCCAUUGCUUCCAUAGUGGUGGACUUCUCUGGCCGCAGGCCUUUGCUGAUCGUCUCCAUCAUCGGCACUGCCAUCACCCUCUUCCUCAACGGCGCCUACUUGUACAUCAAAACGCACACAGACAUCGACACCAGCCAAGUGAACUUCCUGCCUCUUUUGGCCCUGUUGGUGUUCGUGGUGGUGUUCAGCAUCGGCCUCCAAACCAUCCCGCUGCUUCUCAUGGGCGAGGUCUUCUCGACCAAUGUGAAGGCUUUCGGCCUAUGCGCGGCCGACAUCUACUACAGCAUCAUCGUCUGCAUCAUCUCCAAGCUGUUCCAUUGGUCGAACGACCGAUUCGGGAUGCAUGUGCCGUUCUUCUCGUUCGGCAUCUGUUGCCUGUUCGGGCUGCUGUUCAUCGUGUUUUGUGUGCCCGAAACCAAAGGCAAAACAUUGGAGGACAUUCAGGAGGAAUUGAAAUCGGACAAGUGGCAAUUUCGUUAGUUGUAGAUAAGUUCUAUAUUGUUGAGGCGGAUUCAUUUUUUACAAACUUCUUUU